AUGAGGUUCUCAGUAAUUGCUCUCCUCGCUGCGGCUACCGCCGUUGUGGCACAGGACACUGUAUCUGUGACUGCCGGUGGUGAUUGUGAGCCUCACGGCGACCACUGGCACUGCGCCGACGGCGUUCCAGAGCCUACUACCCCUCCUACCCCAGAGCAACUCGCUUCUCAUUCUGCUGAGGAGGCUGCUGAGGAUACAGCUGCUUCUACCCCUGCCUCUACCAUCGCUUCAACUACCCUCACCGUUGUCACUUCUGGAUCUGCCCUGGUCACUGCAUCCGCAUCCCACAGCCACGACGAUGAGGACGACCACGACCAUGAAGCCACCGCCAGCACUUGCGAGCCCCACGGUGAUCACUGGCACUGCCCUGCUGGCGUUGCUGAGCCCACCACUGCCCCCGCCGAGACUGUCUCUGGUACUGCUACCGUCACUGCCAGUGGUGACGCUGCUGAAUCUGCCGCUGGUACCUCCAGCGCUCUCCCUGAGCAAACCUCUAACGCCGCUGUCGCUCUUGGCGCUGGCAAGGUUGCUGCUGUUCUCGGUGCUGCCGCUUACUUCCUGUAA